AUUUCGCAUCCUUAAUCUUAAUCUUGUACGUGUUAGUAAAUUUUAUUUUCAAAGAGAAGUGCAAGCAGAUGACAAGCCAAGUUAACAGCAAGAACAAUGGAACUUCCAUUGAUCGUAGUCGAGUAAAAAUUUUGUUGUGUGACCGCAACGCUGAGAGUUGUGAAGAGGUUUCGACACUACUGACAGCAUGCUGUUAUCAGGUAAUUUCGGUUGGCUCAGCUGUGAAGGUUGUGGAUGCUCUCAAUGAAGAGUGGUCUUCAAUUGAUAUUAUACUUGCUGCAGUUGACCUCCCAAUAGAAUCAAGCAUUGAGAUGCUGAAGUAUAUCAUGCAAGAUAGACAUUUCAAAUGUAUUCCAGUGAUCAUGCUGUCAACAAACCAUGAGUCCUCUUUUCUUCUCAAUUUCUUAAGAUUGGGGGCAACUGAUUACCUGGUCAAGCCAUUAUGCAUCGAUGAGAUACUGAACUUGUGGAUGCACUGCUGGAGGCAGCCUAAGAAUCUCAUCUUAGCUGCGUAACUGUAUGAUCCAGAUCGUGCUCAAAUCUUUGAAAUGUGACCAACUAAGCCUCCUGCUUUAUCCUACAGUACUCAGUUGCGUGUUUCAUUCUUUUCCUCUCUUGUAGGAACUUGACUGGUUGCCACAGAACAACUUGCAAAUUUCAAGUGAAGACAGCAGCAAUAUCUUCGUCUAUAAUGACACAGAUGAAGAGUUCCUAGAGAAUACGAUGCAAACGUUGUGUGUAUCAAAAAGGAACUAGCAAGAUUAGCUGAAAUUUAUAUUCCAAAUAAACUAUAGCAUAUAUUUGAAGUUUUAA